AUCUUAGAAACACGUUGUCUGGAGGAACUCAGUUGCUUAGCAACUGUGUAAACACUUCUUUGACAGAACACAAUGCAGCAUGCUAGUUCAAGAACAAGCACAGCAAAAAUGGCUAUCACAGCUGCUGCUUUGCAAGACCACAUACUGCGAAAUUUGGAGCUACAGAGUCUGUCGCUGCAAACAGCUGCUGUGACAAAACAGCAUAGGAACCCAAGGAGAAACCGGAAACCUCCCUCACGGACAUGUGGUAAUAGUUCUGCCUCAAACAGUGGUACACGAUUAAAAAAUCUUCACCAACAUGAUGGAGAACAGGAGGAAGAAUAUGUACUCGACCCCAGUCCUCCACCAAUGACAAUGGCUCAGAGACUUGGUUUGGUUGAAGCCCUUCCGAUGCCUCUGACUGGGGAUGAAUGGAAUAGGGUUAAGUUAAGGUCAGUUAAUGAAGGGGACUCCAGUCAGCCGUGUGUGAUUUGCAGAGAGGAGUUCCGACUUCAGCCUCAGGUUCUGUUGUCCUGCUCCCAUGUCUUCCACAGGGUCUGUUUAGAGGCAUUUGAGAAGUUUUCUGGGAGGAAGUGCUGCCCCAUGUGCAGGAGGAGGCAAUACGAGACACGAGUGAUUCACGAUGGGGCGCGUCUUUACAGACAGAAGUGUGCAAUCAGAAUUCAAGCAUGUUGGCGUGGGUAUGUGGUUCGGAAGUGGUACAGAGACAUAAGGAAGACGGUGCCUCCAAAAGACAAACACUUAAGAAGAAAAUUCUUUGAAGGAAAGUUUCAGGAGCUGAAUGACAGCUUUGUCCAGUCCUGUAACACCAACAUCGAGGAGUUUCUGCAAGCCAUUGACAGCGCUGUGGCAUCAAGUAGGAAUGUUUUCCAUGACUUUGAAAAACACCACAUUUCAGACUUAAAAGAAGAGGACUGGCAGAAAAUACAAGAAAAGGCAGUGCAGCGGGAUAUUCAGGACUGCCCCAUCUGCCUAGCCCCUCUGUGUGCCUCCGGCACAGAGACGAGGGAGAGGAAGAAGGAGGGGAGGCCGGUUCUGCUGCUGUCCUGCUCACACCUCUUCCACCUCUGCUGUCUGGAGGCCUUCGAACGCUUCUGCUUGGAGGACCAACCAGUGUGCCCUCUGUGUAGAUCCCGCUAUCAGAAAAUAACUAUCUGA